ACUCUGCACGUACUGGCCACGCUCCCGGCCCAGCAGAAGUCAAAGCUGCAGCCAGCUCCGGGCUGGGGCCAUGGGCGUCCUGCGCCGCCUGGGGAAUGAGGACGGAGGCAGAGGCAGCGGGGCAGCCUCUCGAGCCCGGGGACUUCGUGCAGCUGCCUGUCCCCGUCAUCCAGCAGCUCUACCACUGGGACUGUGGCCUGGCCUGCUCCAGGAUGGUGCUGCGGUACCUGGGCCAGCUGGACGAUGGAGAGUUUGAGAAUGCCCUGCAGGAUCUGCAGUUGACCAAGAGCAUCUGGACCAUCGACCUGGCCUACCUGAUGUGCCACUUUGGUGUGAGACACCGCUUCUGUACCCAGACCCUGGGUGUCGACAAGGGUUACAAGAACCAGUCCUUCUACAGGAAGCACUUCGACACUGAGGAGACCCGGGUGAACCAGCUGUUCGCGCAGGCCGAGACCUACAGCGUGCUGGUGGAGAAAUGCGCAGUUAGCGUGCAGGACAUUCAGGCGCACCUGGCGCAGGGCCACGUGGCCAUUGUGCUGGUGAACUCGGGGGUGCUGCACUGUGACCUGUGCCCCAGGCCCGUCAAGUACUGCUGCCUCACCCCCAGUGGCCACCGCUGCUUCUGCCGUACCCCCGACUACCAGGGCCACUUCAUCGUCCUGCGUGGUUACAACAGGGCCACCGGCUGCAUCUUCUACAACAACCCAGCCUACGCUGACCGAAUGUGCAGCACCAGCAUCAGUAACUUUGAGGAGCCCAGGACCAGCUACGGGACAGAUGAGGACAUCCUCUUCGUCUACCUGGACAGCUGACAGCCAGAGCCUAGGGUGUCUGGCCCUCAGGCCCCAGCCACUCAGGAUGCCCGGGCGCAAGGCAUGCAGAACUUUCGCCUCAGUCCAUUUGGCUAGCCCCAAGGAAGCCUAGGAAGCCUGCUUUGUCCACCAGUGUUGUGUGUCAAUCAUGCCGUUCACUCACAUCACACACAUGCUAGUUGCUGGGGCCACCACCUGAGCCUCUAGGGGGAUCCUCUCUCAAGACUCGAGUCCAACCCUGUCUGUGCCCAGAAGUGCUGCCUUCCAGCAAGACCCGAGGCAAGGGGAGGGGCUGGAGCCAGCCUCCCCACAGGCCUUGGAGCUGAGUCCUGGAGAGAAGUCGCUUGACCUGAUGCUGCUCAUCAAGACAGUAGUCCAAAACAGGCCCCUGGUGCUGGGCCACUCCACGCCUUGAUCUCUUGCAGUGUCACUGAGAAGACCCCACCACCACCACCACCGUCCCAUUGCAGAUGGCACCACUGUGCCCUCCUGCCUCCAGUGACUGGACGUUUCUGUGACUGGGUGUGAAGCCCUGUCACCACACAGCACAGGCACUCUGCCCUGAAGCUCCCUGGUCCCUGGGGCUCUAGGGUCAUCUCAGUCUUCCAGGUAUUCCAGCUCUGAGGAGGGCCUUUGGUAGUUGGCUGGUCCUCAGUUCAGACGGGCCCAGCAGAGAGAAUGCUUCCAGAAUAAAGAGCUGCCGAGGCCUCCCGA